CCUUGGCAGUACUCGCCGCUCCGGACAUAGCGCUGAGAAAAAUGCUGCUCUCCGUGCCGCCAAGGACAGGAAUCAAUCCAUACAACGGCUACAACAGCAGAAACAGCAAAAAGCAAGCCUAUGUGUCCUCCAGCCACCAGAUGGCACCCCCCAGUCCCAACACCAACAGCAGCAGCGCCAGCAGUGCUGGGGGCGGGGAACAGCUGAGUAAGACCAACCUUUACAUCCGCGGCCUCCACCCAGGGACCACCGACCAAGACCUGGUCAAGCUAUGCCAACCCUAUGGGAAGAUUGUGUCCACAAAGGCCAUACUGGACAAAACUACUAAUAAAUGCAAAGGUUAUGGCUUCGUUGACUUUGACAGUCCAGCAGCGGCACAGAAAGCAGUGACCGCCCUGAAGGCCACAGGAGUCCAGGCCCAAAUGGCCAAGCAACAGGAACAGGACCCCACUAACCUGUACAUCUCUAACCUGCCUGUGUCCAUGGACGAGCAAGAGUUGGAGGGCAUGCUGAAGUCCUUUGGUCAGGUCAUCUCUACACGCAUCCUACGGGACGCCAACGGCACCAGUCGCGGUGUGGGCUUCGCAAGAAUGGAAUCUACAGAAAAAUGUGAGGCAAUCAUUCAGCAUUUUAACGGCAAAUACAUCAAAACCCCACCUGGUGUUCCAGUGCCCACAGAACCUUUGCUCUGCAAAUUUGCGGACGGAGGGCAAAAAAAGCGACAGAACCAAGGGAAGUACCUGCAGAAUGGACGGCCCUGGGCCAGAGACGGAGAAACGGGAGGAAUGACACUAGCAUAUGAUCCAACUGCCUUGCAGAAUGGGUUUUAUUCGCCUCCUUACAGCAUUGCUCCAAACAGAAUGAUUGCUCAGACGUCCCUGUCUCCAUACAUGCCCUCCCCUGUCUCAUCCUACCAGGUACCCACCCCGUCAUGGAUGCAUCAUCAGUCAUACCUUGUGCAGCCUGCUGGGACAGUCCUGACUCCAGCGAUGGACCAUGCUCUGUCCAUUCAGCCCACCUCAAUAAUGGGGCCUCUGACCCAACAGCUCAGUCACCUGUCUCUGGGCAGCACAGGCACAUAUAUGCCUGCUAACACAACUAUGCAAGGGACCUAUAUCCCACAGUACACCCCAGUGCCUCCCUCUAGUGUUCCAGUAGAGGAAAAUGGUGGACAACAGCAACAAGUUGCUAUAGAAACACCUACAGAACACACAAAUUACUCCUACCAGCAUACCAAGUGAAACAAGGCCCCCAGUAAGGGUGGUACAUGUUCGCUUGGACAAUGGAAAACCUUCGUGGAGAUUUAACAGGGUUCCACAGCUGAACAGUACCGGAAACAGACACAGAUGGCAAAAGGAAAGUGUGUCUUUUUUGGUUAAAAAAAAAGAAAAAAGACAUCCUUCAUCUUUCGCUUGGGUCUUCUUCUCUCUUCAAGAGUCAUUCAACCAAAGGUGGGAGAUUACAGCAAAGGAGCUUUAACCUAUUUUGAUAAGAAAAACAAAAAAAGAACAACAGUAAAAAAAUGGCUGAGUGGUUGAGAAAAGGGUAAAGAAAGACACAAUGUGUUGUUUUUAUGCACGUCACAGAUAAGGAAACAGAAAGCUCCAACGCAGUGUGUCUUUUAUUUUUGUAAAAUAUGCAAACAUUUGUUUUCUAGGUUUUUUUUUCCUUUUUUUCUGUAAGCAGCAGUAUAUUUUUGUACAGAUUCAAAACUGAACAAUGCAUUUUGUUUGUCAUAUUUUCACAUUGUUAUUUUGAUGUUGAUAUCAUAGAUUUUAGUUAAGGAAACCUAAACCAUUUAAAGCCACUUUGUACAUGCCCAUCCAUUAUAAGAAACCUCAAACUCCAACCAAGACUUGUCCAGAAAUGUCUUUUUAGUACUAUCAAGCUAAUUUUUUGAUCUUAAUUUUUUAAUCAACAGACAAUCAUGUCUCUUUUUAAUAUUUAUUUGUUAGAUGUAGUUCUAAUUUAGUUCAUACAAAUCUGUCACUCAUGAAAUUGUUAAAUUCUUCGUAAACAAAUUCUCAUCACAAAGAAUUCAUGUUGUCAUCUUAUAUGAAAAUUAGUAGUUUAUCUUAUAUUAACACUAUGUUGGUGACAUUGAGCCAAUGUAGAGAACUAAUAUUAUUCAUUGUUUUUGGUCUCAAUGUGAAGCAUUUUUCCCCAAACCCAAUUUUUUAAUUAUAAGAACUAUUUAUUUUUCAACAAAAUUGUUUUGGAUUAUGUUAUGUGACUAAGAAUCUCACUAAGAACGUUUUUAGAUGUCAAAAUGUCUUUCAGGAGAGACAUUAUAACUAAAAAAUGACUCCAAGUCUAAAUCCCUGAGCAGUUGAUCAUAGUGUGAAAUCAGAUUAAUCUGUUUGUUUGUCAUGCACGAUGACCAACACUGGCCCCACUAAUCAGUCACUGCAGAAAUGCCCAGACUGAAAGGGACCAAUCAAUUUCAAUUUAAAUAUUAUCCACAAAAACAGUCUGUGUGUGUGUCUGUGUGCCUAUGUGUGUGUGCAGGCGUGCACGUGUGUGUGUGUGCGCGCGCGUUUCUUCCAUUGUAGAUCAAACUUACCUAACCGCACUCAUUCUGCUAUCUAAUUUUUUUUUUUUUUGGUUUAUUUUGUCUGGAGUUGCACUGUGAGAAUUGGAUGGUUUAUUGGAACUACCUAUGUUUGAACACAAAAACAGCAUAUAAAUAAAUGGGUUUAGCUGACAAACUGCCUAUAUAAUUCCAUUAAGAAGAAGUGGCUUUAAAUGGUUUUUUAAUUCUUAUUGUAAAGAUUCAGAUAUUCUGAUAACAUCUUUACCUGGAGAGGUCCUCACAAUGCCUACAAUACGUCAUGCAUAUUCUCUAACCAACUACAACAGCCAGGCCAACUUAGAAUGCUAGUAUUUAACAAGCAUGAACACUGUUUGAAGAUAGGUUGGAUGACAUACAUCUGCUGCAAGUGUUUGUGUUGAAUAUGCGAUUGUAGUUGUAGACUGAGCCGGCGGAGGCUUUGUGCCUGAUUAAGGCAGUAUUAUAUUUAGGCGGAAUAUGAGGACCAGCCCAGAUAAUAUGUAACCAGAAUUUUUCUAGUGUACAGUACAGAGAGAGGGAGAGAAAGACAAAUUAAAAUGCCUUAGAUUCGGGUGCUGGGGUUAAUGUAGAGAAUACAAAGAGUAAAAUAGAUUAAGAAGGACACAGAUAAAGGAGAGAGUCCUUCAAAGCUUUGUAACUGAGAGGAUGGGAGCGAGCAAGAUUUUUUUUUCUCAGUGCUGCUGUUGUUUUCUAAAAUUGAUUCCUGUCUUUCACUGAUUUUAUUUUCCUUUCAGAACAUUUGUUUUGUUCUUUUUCUCUCUCUCUCAUCUGAAAUCUUUUUUUUCAGCUGUAUUGUCAUGUUUUGGGGCAAAAUUAACCUUUUGAUAAAUUUCCUGUAGAUUAUAGAAACCUUCCAGCUAAAGGUUAGAAACUUUCUGUGUGUAUUGUAGAGUUGCCUCUUUUUCCUGAGAUUCAUAGGAUUUUUUUUUAAAUGUGUUUGACUUGCAAGUUUCUCCAUAGAGGAAGCUUCUUUCUGAGUCCUUUUCAUCCACUUCUUUCUCUCUUUAUGCACUUGUGUGUUUUGUGACUUUAUCUCUGGCUGAUCACAGAGGGACUUCAUGAGGUUCAAAGAAUUAUCAAACAAAAACACUUUUAACAGUGAAAACUUAUAUUUCAGGAUAACAAUAUCCUCAAAUCCUCAAAAAGAUCGAAUUCAUCUAUUUUAAAAUGUAAGUACAUACAGCAACAUGCUAUUUGUUUAAUAAUGAACAGUGAUAAAAUAAAGACCCCAGUUUGAAAAAUGUCCAUUUAAUAUGAAUGGCCCACCUAGAGACGGAAAAAUUCACCAUUUAUGUCAGAGGGAGUAUUUUAGCCUUCUGAGUUUCUAAGCUAUAUAAGGGCUUUUUAAAGGCUACUGGCCACUUCAUUUCUUAUGCAAUUUCUGCAUUUGAGGCUAUCUGAUUAAGUAACCAUAAGGGCUACACCCUUUGCGUUGCUUUGAAAUGUAAAACAUCACAUUGAGUUUAAGCAACUGAUAACAUUAUCCAUGGUGAAAGGUGUCACUUGAAACAUUCGAGGAAAAGGGCCUCACCCCUUAGUUAGAAUCACUUUGACUUCUGUUUUCAUAACAAGUAAGUAACUUGUUAGCUUAACUAAAAUGAUUAAAAAAAUAAAAAAAAUAGGAAAGGAAAAGGAAAAAUUUCUUAUUCAACACUGUCUCUCAGACAAAGGUAUUGAGCUGUCGAGUUUCAAAGAGAACAUUGUCACUGAUCUUGUCUAUGUCUCUCUCUCAGUCACUUCCAAAAAGUUUUGCAAGUACCUGUUACCAAAGACAAAAAAGCCAUUCACCAUUUAAACAAGCUGAAAGUUUAAAGCUAAUUUUGUUAAUAGAAAUAAGCUGUUUAGACCUGUUUGGCAUAGUGACAUUCAUGGUUGUAUUCACUUCAUUUAAAUUUAUUCAGCUGUCUUUGAAAACAAGCAAUAUGGUCAUUUAGGGACAGAUUUGUUGUUAAAAUUUUAGCAUAGGGUCUUCAUGAGAUCUGGACAACUUUCUCCCCCUUUGUUCAUAAACCUCACUUUAAGCUGAAAAAGAGGAUAGACUAUGGAGUUUCUAAACUUGAUAUUGAGGUAUUGGUCAGGUGAUGAAAGUAACUGACACAAGUACAAGUUUUUCUCCACUUUUGUACAUAGUGGGAUGCAUCCUUCUUCUUUUACUCUCAAAAUUGUCCAGGCUUUGUCACUCUUGUCUGUUACCUGUUUUUUUUUUGUUUUUUUUGUACAUACAACUAUGAUUUUUUUUCUUUCGGAAAAACACUAAUAAUUUUAUUCACAGGUUAUCACAUGCAGGUCACCUCAUGAAGGAAAGAACAUGGGUUUUAAUUUUGACUUUCACAAAAAAAUUAAACCUGGUAAAAUGUGUGAACCAUCACUAUGAAUACAGAAAAUCUCGUUUUGAAACUAUGAAAUGACCUACUUUUACGGUAUUUAGAAACAUUUUUGUCACCAAUUUACUUUUUUAACCAUUUUUUUAAGAAAUGCUAAUUAAGACAGAAGUUUAUUUGAUAUUUAAGGUGAAGAGAUGGUAAACAAUGAAUUUAAAAUCUAGUUAGAUAACAAUGCAAAAUUAGAACAGGAUUAAUUCAUUUUUGACUGCUGAAACAGUAAACAAAAGGAAACUAUUAAUCUGAUUUCCUUGUGAAUUUCUUCUUUUAAUUAAAGUAUAGUCAUCAUUUAUUAAUCAAACAUUUGAUGGUCUAACCAUCAAAACAGUUCCAUUUCAUGGACACUGUAUCAGUCCAGGACAAAUUUUUUUAGAUAUAAAGCAGUUGUUUUAUUGCUAUAUAUCUUUAUGUGUAAAUAUGUCAUUAAUGUAAUUAAUUAUUGCUCACGAAGAAAGGUCUUUUCGGCUCUUCUAAUGGCUUAUUUCAUAGUUUCAAAACAUUUUGCUGCUAUAACAGGAUGUUGAAGCAGUUCAGGAGAAAGCCAUGUACAAAAGGAUCCUUAAUUGAAUCCUUGCAAAAAAAAACCUUUGCCACUCAAACCUGCAGGACUGAGUUUGUCAAUGUGCCUCAAUGAAUAAUACAGAACGUGGUAAUGCCUCAGAAUGUGGAACAAGGUAUUAUUUUUGUGUUCAAUUUGUUAAAAAGCCAAGCAUUUUUUGUUUCUUUUACUGUAAAUUAGCUAUGCAUAUUAUAUUUUUACAUGAGGAGACAUGCCUUAAAAUGUGAGCUCCCAAUUCUGAUGUAUAACCAGAGGAAAGAAAUCACCUUUGAUAGUUACAAAACUUACAAAUAUAUGUAUUUAUUUCAGAUCAUAGGAAAGAAAAAAAAAGUUCCCAAAUUAUUAAUCAAAUUAAACAUCAAAUAAAUGUUGAAACAAUAGAUUAUUAAAAGAAAACACAAUUACAUAACUGUUGUGUUUGUUAUGUAGACACGCAAUUUCUAUGAAAUCUGUAAUUGAUAUCUUUGCAUAACUUGUACGUAACGUUAGGCUCUCCAGCUUAGUUAUAUUGGGCUGUGAGAUCACCAAUAUCAACAUAGUUUUUGUUUUUUUGUUUUUUCCUAGCCAUGUUAACCGUCCAUGAACUCAGAAUUCACCAGGUUUGACUUGUCAGUCAGUUUGACAUAGUAAUGACUGAAAAGACAAUUGGCUUAUCUCUUGAACUGCAGUAUAACAUGCUUUUUAUUUAUGUAGGAGAAGAAUUUUGAUAUGUAAGUCGGUUUAGCUAGCCGACAGUUUUUUUUUGUCUUCCUGUUUCUCUGUUUCUCUGUUUUUUAUUCAUUGAAAAGAAAAAAGAUUUAUUUCUGCUCUCCUGGUUUUACUCUUUUUUGGAAUUCAAUCUGUUGAUUUUCUUUUUUUUUAAUAAAAAUUCUUGUUUUUCA